UUAGACUUUAUUUCUUUCCUUCCUUAGAAACAUCAAACUUCUUGCCAGAGUUUGUGCUGGGUUUCAUCUGAUUGGGAUUCCACCCGCGAGCACGCUAAAACUGUUCAGGUUCUUCGAUAUUGAAUUUGAAAUCAUUGAAACCCUUUUAAAUUGCUCGAUUGCGCAUACGUGAUCCAAAUGGCCGACAAAGAGAUUUCCCCUGAAAUCCGUUCGGAAGAUGGAGCAGCGGACGCCGCGAACGGACCCAGCGACUCAACCAGUAAGAUUGUGUCGGCAGAGGUUGAGGAUGAACUGGACGAGUUAGCUUUGGACGAGCCCCGAGGUUUGUUUUUGUACUUAUUCCUAACUUCUUCAACUACUCUAUGUGACCAUUUUAGAAGCGGCAAAGAAGAAAAAGAAGAAGAAAAGAAGAAAAAAGAACCACUUCAGCAAACUGAUCCGCCAUCUAUUCCUGUUGUUGAGCUUUUUGCAUCUGGCGAGUUUCCAGAGGGUGAAAUUCAGCAGUACAAUGACGAUAACCUGUGGAGAACUACAUCUGAGGAAAAGAGAGAACUGGAGCGACUGGAAAAACCACUUUACAAUGCAGUUCGCCAAGCAGCAGAAGUCCACCGUCAGGUUCGACAAUACAUUAGGAAAAUUUUGAAACCUGGAAUGUUGAUGACCGACUUGUGUGAGACCUUGGAGAAUACAGUUCGUAAGUUAAUAUCGGAGAACGGUUUGCAAGCUGGCAUUGCAUUUCCUACAGGCUGCUCAUUGAACUGGGUUGCUGCCCAUUGGACUCCAAAUACAGGGGAUAAAACUGUGCUUCAGUAUGAUGAUGUGAUGAAACUGGACUUUGGAACUCACAUUGAUGGUCAUAUAGUGGAUUGUGCGUUCACUGUGGCAUUCAACCCUAUGUUCAAUCCUCUGCUCGAAGCUUCACGUGAAGCUACGAAUACCGGUAUAAAAGUGGGUACCAUCGCCAUUGCUGCUUCUUCCAUUGUUGCUGUUGAAGCUGGAAUUGAUGUGCGUUUGUGUGAUGUGGGUGCUGCAAUUCAAGAGGUCAUGGAGUCAUAUGAGGUUGAAAUCAAUGGAAAGGUGUUUCAGGUGAAAAGUAUCAGAAAUUUGAAUGGGCAUAGUAUCGGGCCUUAUCAAAUUCAUGCGGGAAAAUCUGUCCCAAUAGUCAAAGGAGGAGAGCAAACAAAAAUGGAAGAGGGUGAAUUUUAUGCAAUUGAGACUUUUGGAUCCACAGGGAAAGGAUAUGUCAGAGAAGACCUUGAAUGCAGCCAUUACAUGAAGAACUUUGAUGCCGGUCAUGUCCCACUACGAUUGCCCAGAGCCAAACAACUUUUGGCAACUAUUAAUAAGAAUUUCUCGACAUUGGCUUUCUGCAGACGUUAUCUAGACCGCAUUGGGGAAACAAAGUAUUUGAUGGCACUAAAGAAUUUGUGUGAUGCUGGUAUUGUUCAGCCAUACCCUCCUCUUUGUGAUAAUAAGGGCAGCUAUGUUUCUCAAUUUGAGCACACAAUUUUGCUUCGCCCAACAUGCAAAGAAGUCGUGUCAAGAGGAGAUGACUACUGAUGAAGAGAAGUACGAGCGGCACGAUUAU